AUGGCUUCGAGACCUACCGUCACCAUCAUCGGCAAGGAUGGCAAGUCCUCCGGCAGCACCCACACCCUGCCGGCUGUCUUCCUGAGCCCUAUCCGUCCCGAUAUCGUCCAGGAGGUUCACAAGGGCCUGGCCAAGAACAAGCGCCAGCCCUACUCCGUCAGCGAGAAGGCCGGUCACCAGACCUCUGCCGAGUCUUGGGGAACUGGUCGCGCUGUUGCCCGUAUCCCCCGUGUCUCCGGUGGUGGUACUCACCGUGCCGGUCAGGCCGCCUUCGGUAACAUGUGCCGUUCCGGUCGCAUGUUCGCCCCUACCAAGACCUGGCGCAAGUGGCACGUCAAGGUCAACCAGGGCCAGAGACGUUACGCUACCGUUUCCGCCAUCGCCGCCUCCGGCGUUGCCCCCCUCCUCCAGGCCCGCGGUCACCAGGUCUCCAACGUCCCCGAGGUCCCCCUGGUCGUCGACUCUGCUCUCUUCGAGAACGCCGCCGUCGCCCGCACCUCUGCUGCCAUCUCUCUCCUGAAGACCGUCGGCGCCGCCGAUGACGUCGAGAAGGUCAAGAAGUCCAAGAAGCUCCGCGCCGGUAAGGGUAAGCUUCGUGGCCGCCGCCACCGCCAGCGCCGCGGCCCCUUGGUCAUCUACGACCCCGAGGUCGACGGCAAGGAGCUCGUCACCGCGUUCCGCAACGUCCCCGGUGUCGAGACCUCCCCCGUCACCGCCCUCAACCUCCUCCAGCUCGCCCCCGGUGGCCACCUCGGCCGCUUCGUCAUCUGGACCUCCGCCGCCUUCAAGUCCCUGGACACCAUCUACGGCACCACCACCCAGCCCUCCGCCCUCAAGAAGGACUUCCUUCUGCCCUCCAACAUCGUCUCCCAGAGCGACCUGACCCGUCUGAUCAACAGCUCGGAAACCCAGUCCGCCCUGAACGAGCCCAAGGGUUACGCCGUCACCCGCCGCUCCGCGGUCCAGAAGAAGAACCCCCUCAAGAACAAGCAGGUCAUGCUCCGCCUGAACCCCUACGCCUCGGUAUUCGCCAAGGAGGCUGCUCAGAAGAAAUAA